AGAAUGCAGCAGGCCCACGCAAACAACAACGUGUAUAAAUAGCUUAAAUUAGCCUGUUUUUGCCUAAGUACAUUAACUCAAAAGGAAACUUGGUUUAAGAAGUUCACUCUAAAAAUAGCGCAAGAAGCAUCACUGGUCCAUAAAGAGAAAGGGGUGGAGUGGGUUACGUCAUUUCAACACCUUUUAAGGUAAAGGAGGAGGGAAUCCUCUUGAACUCAUUAGCCAAUCAGGUUCUGAAGACGCUUCCCAAGACGACUUCCUGUCUCUCCACUUUCUUUCCCUCUCCGUUUUGGUGGGCUGGUUGAAGAUGAAAUCCACUGAGGAGGGAAGUCCGGCACCCUGUGUGCCAGUCCAGAACUGGCCCAUGUGUAGACCCCCUGAAAAUCAUAUGGGCUUGGAUUUGGAUAUUCUCAACAGAAAGGGUUAAAGGCUGAUGGUACCUAAAGCCUGGUACUUGAAUUUUGAUCAAGAUAAGCUGCCUUAAGUUCUCUUCAUUACACGUAUGUAUGUCUUUUCUAUCUAAAAAGCCUAGCUUAGAGAUUCUUUGAGUUAGCAUUGUAUCCUGCAAUGCUAGGUGGCACCGAGUAAAUUGGAAUAGAAUCAAAAGGAAUGAAAUGAUCCUAGGUAAUUGAUAGAUCCUGUGGUUCAACUGGAUUUCUAGAUAGAAGCUGGAUUCAUGUGAUGCCAGAGGAGUAGAAUUUCAAGAGACUGAAACCAGAUCUGAGUUUCACUGUUCCAGUCUGGACCUCUUUGGUGCUGUAAAUCCUGGAUAUACGGUAGAUGAGUACUGCGUUUUUCUUUUAUGGACUCUUCAGCUUCUGGAGACCUCACUAUCCUAUUAUGUCUUUGUGUGAAGACAUGCUGCUUUGUAAUUAUCGAAAGUGUCGCAUCAAACUCUCUGGCUAUGCAUGGGUCACUGCCUGCUCUCACAUCUUCUGUGAUCAGCAUGGCAGUGGUGAGUUUAGUCGCUCACCAGCUAUCUGUCCUGCCUGCAACAGUACCCUUUCUGGAAAGCUAGAUAUUGUCCGCACAGAACUCAGUCCAUCAGAGGAAUAUAAAGCUAUGGUAUUGGCGGGACUGCGACCAGAGAUCGUGUUGGACAUUAGCUCCCGAGCACUGGCCUUCUGGACAUAUCAGGUACAUCAGGAACGUCUCUAUCAAGAAUACAAUUUCAGCAAGGCUGAGGGCCAUCUGAAACAGAUGGAGAAGAUAUAUACUCAGCAAAUACAAAGCAAGGAUGUAGAAUUGACCUCUAUGAAAGGGGAGGUCACCUCCAUGAAGAAAGUACUAGAAGAAUACAAGAAAAAGUUCAGUGACAUCUCUGAGAAACUUAUGGAGCGCAAUCGUCAGUAUCAAAAGCUCCAAGGCCUCUAUGAUAGCCUUAGGCUACGAAACAUCACUAUUGCUAACCAUGAAGGCACCCUUGAACCAUCCAUGAUUGCACAGUCUGGUGUUCUUGGCUUCCCAUUAGGUAACAACUCCAAGUUUCCUUUGGAUAAUACACCUGUUCGAAAUCGGGGUGAUGGAGAUGGAGAUUUUCAGUUCAGACCAUUUUUUGUGGGUUCUCCCACAGCACCUGAACCCAGCAACAGCUUUUUUAGUUUUGUCUCUCCAAGUCGUGAAUUAGAGCAGCAGCAAGUUUCUAGCAGGGCCUUCAAAGUAAAAAGAAUUUGAGCCACGCAUGGUGUCACGCACCUCUGAUCCUAGCUACUUAGGAGGUUGAGGCUGGGAGGAUCACUUGAGCCCAGGAGUCUGAGGCUAUAGUGAUCUAAGAUCAUGCUACUGCACUCCAGCCUGGGCAACAGAGUGAGACCCUGUUUCUAAAAAAAAAUAAAGAUAAUUUAGCUAACUUUACAGAAUGUUUCUAUGUUCAUCUUCAGUGAUUUCAUUUAGCAAAUCUUUUUUCUAGAUAGGACUCCCCAGCUUCCCUGUGCUUUUAAGUCUCUGAAGUUGUUUUCACAUUAUCAACAUAACAAACUCAUUGGCAGUGGGGAGUGGUUUAGAGUCUGGUUUCUUUGUUUCUAUUAUUUAAAGCAUAAGCAUUUUAUUAAUCUCAAUUCCAUUGUGAACUGCUGAAUUUUCAUCCCUAGUGUGAGAAGGUCACAAUAGUAUUUGUUUCAAUAGAUAACUGUUUCUCCCUGGGCUGUUUCUGACUGAGCUGUGUUGUUUAUACCUUAAGUACCUGUGUUAUAUGCUACAUGUUGCUUUGAAUUCUGGUAUUUAUGCGUAUCUGUAUAUGUAAGUAUGUUAAUGUACACUGAUAUUUUGCUGUAUUUGCCAGUAUGUUUAUGUGAAAAUUUUGGUCUUGGAAAAUGGUGGGUGAUGUGUGGCUUGUUAUUUGGGUAUGUGUAUUUAUUUGUAUGUAUUUAUGUAUUUACCUUCAUAUUAACUUGUUUGGAGGUGUGCUUAUGUCAGUGAACGAGAGUACAAUUUGAUGCAUGUAUGUUCAGUCCCUAUUUGUAUUUAAAAAUAACUCACGUUGAUGAAGUUAUUUUUUAAAGUUAAUUUUUUUGGCAUUUAUAGUCAGCCCUCUGUAUCCAUAGAUUCUGCUUCUGCAGAUUCAGCCAACCAUAUAUCAAAAAUAUUUGAGAAAAAAUAAAAAUAAUAAUAUAACAAUAAAAAAAUACAAAUUAAAAACCAAUACUAUAUAACAGCUAUUUGGAUAGCAUUUACAUUGUAGGUAUUAUAAAUAAUUUAGAGGUGAUUUAAAAUAUUUGGGAGAAUCUAUAGGUUACCAUGCCAUUUUAUAAAAGUGACAUGAGCAUCCAGGGAUUUUGGUAUCCGUGACGGUUCCUGGAACCAGUCCCCCAAAGAUACCAAAGGAAGACUGUAUUUUAAAAUAAAGCUACUUCUUUACCUUUUUGUCAACUGUUGCCUUGGUUUUACUUAUUUAGGAAUGCACUUCUGCGGAAAGUUUACCAAUGUGUUAUUGAUCUUAAGAGACUGUAUUAAAAUAAUUAAAAAGAUUUAUUUACUGUU